CAGCUUGAUAAACAUCGCACAGGAGCCACGUGUCAAGAACAAAAAUACAAACAACAGCAACAACAAGCACGAUGAAGACCCUCGGUUUAAUCGGCGGCAUGAGCUGGGAGUCGACUACAACUUACUACCAAGAGAUCAAUCGUCGCGUUCGCGAAAUACAAGGCGGCCUUCACUCUGCCCAGUGCAUUGUGUUUUCCUUCGACUUUGCCAAGAUCGAGGCCCUUCAACACGCGGGCAAAUGGGAGGAAGCUGGCGAAAUGCUCAAUGAUGCAGCGGCCAAACUGAAGCUCGCUGGUGCAGAUGCCCUGGUUCUCUGCACCAACACCAUGCACUUCGUCUCUCACGGUAUCGAACCCGCCUCGAAAUUACCUCUCAUCCACAUCGUCGACCCAACUGCCGAGGCGAUCAUCAAAGCAGGCUACAAGUCCGUCGGCCUCCUCGGAACGCGUUUCACCAUGGAGAAAGAGUUCUACAAGCAGCGCUUGGUCAAGAAAUUCGGACUCAAGGUCAUUGUGCCAGAUGAUAGCGACAGAGAUACGGUACACAACGUCAUUUACCAGGAGCUCUGCAAUGGGAUCAUUCAAGAGAACUCUCGCGAGGACUAUCACUUUGUCAUUCGCAGACUCAAGGCUGAAGGCGCGGAGUGUUUGAUCAUGGGGUGUACCGAGAUUGGUCUAUUGGUUGAUGAGGCGGGAAGUGAGCUGCCGAUAUUUGACACUGCAAAGAUUCAUGCUAUCGCUGCUGCUGACUGGGCCAUGAAAGAAUGAUGCUAUUUUGAUAGCCUACUACAUCAAGCACACGCUAUAGAGAAAUGAUUGAGAUCUUAGAAUUUUA